AAAGUUGUGCUAAAUAUAAACUAUCAUGUGACUUCUAACAUGGGCGCUGCGUUUGCCCUGUUGUCAUGUUGCGAGUAGGUAUCGAGCGAAAUAAGCUGGAAUGAAAAGCAUGGAAAAUCCCAGUCAUGGUUUGACAGAGGAGGACCUAAACACUUCUAGUGAUUAUUCUAAAUACGGGAUCACAGAUGUUCCAAAAUACACCGUCACGACUGCACUAGGAAAGUCUAAGACAUUUGCUGGAUUAUUUCCAAAAGAGUGGGCAUUUUGUUAUUCUGCUGUCAACAUACUCGCAGCAAUAUGCCUGACAAUUGUAAGGCUUGUUGAGGUAGCUGAGACAGAUCUGGAGUCACCCGACUUCACCUUCACCAUUCUUCUCCUUAUCAAUGCAGGAUUCUGUGCAUUUUAUGUAGUACAUGGCAUUCUUCGAGAAAGAGUAUACGAGAUUUAUGCAUUUGUGGCAGCGAUCUUAGUGGUGUUGAUGUACUGCAUCCUAGAAUACAGUCUGUUCAAUCCUGCAGGACGCAGCACUGUCAAACUGGUGCGUCUGAUAGUUGCGUGCAUCCUGGCACCACCAAACAUACUGAUUGCCAUCAUUGUAUCCAAGCAGUUUGGCUACCUGGAGUUCCGCAUUGUUGGAGCCUCAAAACUCCUGCAAACACUUUAUCGGCAAGCGGCUCUUUUUUCAUGUCUGCUCAAGUUUGACCUGCAAACUUCAACCAGCAUUGUUGUUUUGGCCUUGAAGGAGGGGACAUCAUUCUCAAUGCUCGAGACAGUUUCCUUAUCUGUUGGCCUUCCCUUCUCAUUUGGUUGGUGUCUGCUGGGAUGGGUCAUGCUUAGGAAGGAACUGAAGUGGGGAGCCAUUUUGUUUUUUGUGCUGGGAUUUGUUAAACCCUGCUACUACAUAUAUAAAGUGGUGAAGAUUUACACUGACUUACGAGAUGGGAUUGAUGUCAGUUCCACAAUCAUUUACUCACUCCUUGCAGCCACUGCACUGGCGCUGUUGGUAUGGUUGAUGAUCAUGGUGGAGCUUUACAUUGUCUACAGCAACUUUGGAAAGGGUUUGAAAGAGCAAACAAGAGAUGUUGUGGCAACAGAGAAGACUGGUCUCCUGUCUAACAAUCGGUCACGAUGGCGAUAAAGCUUGUAGCAGCAAUUUUCAGCUUUUGAGUGAUGGUCAGGUGAAGAGGCUGUGAAGAGGACAUUUUUGCAAGAUUUUAAAGCCAAGUGGUUUGCAAAAAAUGUCUUCAAUGAUUCAUUCCAAUAUAAAGUGGCAUCUAGAUAUUACUUAUAGCAAGGUAAGAUGUGUCUUCCCUUUGAAGACACCCAGCAUAUUCUCAUGUAAAGAAAGAUUGCUCAUAACUUUCCUUUGCAUUGGUUGGGUACUUGAAAUGUGUGGUUAUCUGAGACUGUAUCUUCUUGCUAGUGCUCUAGAAAAUCAAAGGGAAUGCAGUCAAUAGCGCAUUAUAUGCUGUGAUUUUUGCUUUAUACAUAUUAGGUGCUUAUUUAUUUUCAUCAAGAUUAGUGAAGACAGAUUUCUGCCAGCGCAUGUGUUUCUCUGGUCAUUUUGAGAAGGUUUUAUCACAUCAAGAUCUGGACUUCGUAAGCCAUUGUCUUGGUGCCCAUCUCCACUGCAUAGAAAACAGCAGUCACAAAAUACAGAAUGAUACUGUGGAUGCAAGUAGAAUUCUUACUAUGUGGAACAAGCCUACAAGAAUACAAUACAGAACAAAAGUUGUAUUCCUCUGCUCAAUGUCUAGUGAAAGGGUAGAUUGUUAGAGUGUGCAAGGUAUAUUUGACAAACGGUGCUGAUUUAGAAAAAUGUUCAGUAGUAUUUGUACUUCACAAAGCAAAGAGCCUGAACUGUGAACAGUGAUGCAAUAUUUUGUAGCUGCAAAGUAAUCAAAUGCAAGUGCAGACUGCUUGUUGGCUUAAUAAUUGUUUGUUGAUCUGCUGAAUCUGGUCGUGCUGCCUUGUUAUCAUGCUGAUAUGUUAUUAUCUUUCAUGAAAGGUAGGUUAUUCUUUUUUUGUCAGUUUUAACAUGAGCUUAGUUAAGUUUAGAGUUCUCAACCGGAAGACCAUAAAAACUAAUGUAAUCAGGUGAAACAUAAUUGAAAUACUAAGAAAGUUUCUUCUUCUUGGCUGUUUACCAAGUUCAUCAAGCCAACUAAAAUACAUGUACUCGUAUCUCAACUCCACCACUGACCAGAGCUGACUCACACACAAGUGAUAAGAGCUGGUAUUUAAUUCAGCCCUUACUGACAUCAUUGUCCUUUCAUGAAUUUCUUGAGUAGUUAAGUUAGCAAGACAAACCUUUCAAGACAUGUCAGCUGCCGUUGUAUCAAAAAUAAAAAUAUGGUUACAAUUCGUCUUUUGAGAGUAAGCAUAAAAAUUCAGAAGAAAAACUUUUUUACAUUUUAGAGUGCUGUUGUUAUUGUUUACUGUUCUUGAAGAUGAAUUUUUGGACUGAUCAUGUUACUUUGUAUAACUCAUGGAAGUUCAUUUAGAGUCGUUUCCAAUGAUAAACUGUGAUUAUUGUCAUUCCAUAUUUGUUGUAUUUGCUCACCCACGACAUGAAAAUUUAUCAGUUUUUUAACUCACUUUUAAGAAUUAGGAAAUGUACAAAACAGAACAAAGUCUGAUUUUAUCUUGGGUAGAUGUAUACAGAUUUUGUUAAUUUUGCAAUUUGGUAUUUUUUCUUCUUACCCUAUAAUAAUACUGUGGAGACUUUUCUGACAUAAAUUUAAAGAUGAA